AGUCUACAGGCUUGUCAAGCAGAGGAAUAAACAGAAUCGGGCGCUGGAAGUGAAGAUAUUCCCCCCUCCCUCCCGCUCACUAUCUGUGCAUCUUCAUCCAGCUCUUUCUUUCAUGGAGAGGAAUUAUCCCGCUUCGGGCUUCGGAGAUCUGGGGACUGGGACGGGAUGGAGUUACGAGAGAUCGGCCAAAGCAAGCCUCGUGUAUGGGAGCCGCUCAUACCACCCAGAGUCAGAACUACUCCACCGUCAAACCUAUGGCACUCCACACCCACUUCAAGGCUAUGCAGCAAGUCAUCACCCAGGGAGCUCAAGACGGGGUGGAGCUUGGGGUGGACGAACACUAGGUCUGUCAGGGCUGUUUGACUCCCGUCUCCAUCAUGCCAGCCCCUCAGGUCCCGACCCCUCUGUCAUGAAUCUGAUUUCAGUUCUGGAUUCACGGCCUCCACAGCCCUCACCCUCUGCUUCCUCCCUUCUCUCUCAGUUCCGCACAUCCUCUUGGCAGACUGCCAUGCAUACAGCGGCCCCAACGGACCUCUUUAUUUCAGGGGCACUUCCAGGUUCAAGCUCCUUUCCCUCCUCCUCAGCCCUUUCUGCAUACCAGAAUCCUAGCAUUUUUUCUGGACGAUCAUUCACUCCCUCAUUAUCCCUGCAGGAUACAACUACAUUUAGCCGAACUUCUAACGGCUUGAUAUCCCCACAUGAUCCCUUGGUACAUAUCAAAAGAUCCUCUCAGUCCAGCUUGGGCUUUGAUCACUUGCUGUCUUCCCAGAGCACUGCCUUCCGGGGCUCCCAGGAAUCUGCAACUCCCCAGACCCAAGACCCUUCCACUUCCUCCAAUUGCCACCUGUCCCCUCCCCACUUUAAUCUGUUGCCCUCUCAGCUUCAUAACUCAUCCUCUCAACUAUAUAAUGCCUCGAUGUCCUCAUCGAUGGCAGCCCUGCCACCUGCAGUUCUUCCUGAGCCUCAGCCACUUCCACAGACAGCAAUUUCCCGCCAUGAUAGUGUGAUCAAGCAUUACCCUCGCUCAUCUUCAGCCCACACCACAACCCUACAAUCACAAUCCUAUGCCAGCUCUGGUGGUUCAUCUGGCUACCACCAGCUAGUCAGCCAUUAUCAGCAUUCUGGUGUGUCCUGCAGUCCACUGGGGAAACUGAGCCUAUCCUCUGACCCCAAGACCUCACCACAGAUGGAAUCCCAGAUAUAUCAACCUGUCAUCCAAACAGCCUAUACCUCAUCAUUAUCCAGCUCCUCAACUCCCUCCUCCUCUUCAGCUACUACUAAAGGUGCCAAAAGUUCCUGCUCCACAAGUAACUAUUCGUCUUCUUCCUAUACCCCACAAACUCCACCACCAACCUCCUCCACCACCUCCUUAUCCUCUUCUAGCUCAAAGACCAGAACUAUUUCUCUGUCUGCUCCCUCUCUUCAGCAACCCACACCUCAGUCAGCACUAGUACCACCUCUUCUCCCAGUGGUGUCAUCAUCCCUUGUACAACAAGCAGCAGCCAGUCAAUGUCUGUCCACCUAUGGCUCUCAAUCUGUGACCAAACCUAGCACGAGCUUGCCAAACCAGACCCCUCCCCAGAAACACAUUCAGUCGUAUUCCCCCAACCUGCCACCAUCUACACACAUGAAUGUGCAUUAUGAUGGCUUCAACUCACCCCAUGUCCGGGAUUUGAGCACUGGAGCAAGGAGCAGUGGGGGGAAAGACAUCAUGGGUGUAGGCUCUGGUGAACGCUCCUUCUCUGCAGAGAUAAUUGCUCAAGACUCAAGUUUUGUCUCAACAUCUCUCAGAAAACCACACACUCCAUCCACUGAAUAUGGGAGUGGAUCAGCUGGGAGUGGACCUGGUAUUCACAGUGUAGUAGGCUCUGCGGUAACUGGGAACGGGGCUGCUGGUAAUGAAGGCAGUAGCGCCUAUCACCUGACUGAGUCUAGUACAUCACCUUCAACCAAUUCUACUAUCAGUUAUUCAGGAUUGCACUCUCCUGUAGCUGCUCGACCUGUACAGUCCCCUGGAGGCUCAGGGGCAAAUAAAUACUUUUCUUCGAUCCCAGCUCCUACUUUUAUGUCUUCACCACAAGGUUUCCCUGAUAACCGACAAGCUCGGAACCAGUUGUACCAGUCAACACCCCCAAACACCAAAACAGAGGCCACAAACAUGCUGGGGGCUGAGGAAUCCCAAGACGAAGGAAACAGUGAAGAUUUCCUUAUCCACCACUUACUACGUCCCCAAAGCUCAAAUUCCCAUUUUUCCCAACAUCACCCACAUUCUGAGCAACUGUCUCAACCAAUCCUUCAUGGGGAGAGCAAGGGAAUGACACACGAUCUUAACAAGACAUCAGAAGAGCUCUACCAGCUUCAGAGUGUCAUUCGUACCAAUAACAUCACCAGCAAUUCUGGUCUUGGAAUGGCAAUUAAUGAUACAGUGAGCUUAGACAGACCAUUAGAAAUAUCACAGAAGAAACAGCAGGCCAGGUCAGACACGAUCAUGUCAAAGUCAAAUACUUCAGGGGUGCGAAGAAUAUCUGAUUCUCAUUCUCAUGCCAUCCACUCGCAUCAUCAGCAAAAUGAGUUAAAGGGUUCUGCGGUCCAUUAUGGAAGAGGUGAUCCCUACAUACAGCACCCAAACUCCCAGCAUCCUCAUAGCACUUCACAUGUGUCCACACACUCUCAGCACUACACUCAGCACUCUCAAAUCUCCCAGCACUCUCUGCACACUCAGCAUACACAUCACUCUCAACAUUCUCAGCAUAGUCAUCGUAAUUCCCUCCCACAAAGCCAUUCUCAUAUAGAGAUUAAGAAGCCUUCAGAUGCAAAUGACAAUGCCUACUAUGCACCAGAUGUACAGCAAACUCGACAAAGCCAUGUCUCUGUCACUCUGAUGAAUAUGUCACCAGACCAUCCCAAGCAAACUCACAUGUUACAGUCUGUCCCUUCUCACACUAUCCAAAACAAGCUGGAUUCCCAACAAGCCCCACAGCAGCAACAGAAGCACCACCACCAACAGCAGCAACACCAGCAAGCUAUGAUGGGUUCAGUUAGAAGAGCAGGGUCUGCUGGGUUGGAAUCCCAUGUACAGAACCAGUCCUCACAGAGUCUAGAUACCCACUACAGUGGAACCCAUCCAACAUAUCAAACACGAGCCAGUCAGAGUUCAGUAUCUCCACUACAGAUGCUAGAUCAAUCACUUUCUCAGGCCAAUGGUACAGACAGUGGAAAAUCUCUGGACAGAAGUGGAGCUGAUAUGACUGUGACAGGACAGGAAAGAGAUAGAGGAGACAGACAUACACAACAGCACAGACUUAACACCCACCAGCAUCCUCAACAAACAAAAUCGGAUCUUCAUGACUUCCUUUCUGAACAAGAUUUGGACUUAUACACCCCUUCACACUUGAGCCAUCUCAACCAACCUCAGACCCACCCCCACACCCAUGCUCUGCAACACACUCAGCACACUCAUCAUCAACUGUCUGUUACCACUCAGAUAACUCAUUCACACUUGCAACAGAUGACAAUACAUUUAGCAACACCCCAACAACAGCAAUCCCAGGUCACAGAUCCUGAAACACAACUCUCACACUCACAGUUAGAGCAGCUCAAACAGCAUCAAUUUGAGACAGUAAGCCAGACAGAUAAAGUAGGACAGACUCAAGCUCAACUGCAGCAAUGUGCACCUUUGACCUCAAUCUGCUUUCCAGACUGUGUUUUUCCUGAGAUGGAGGAUCUGUUUUGUUCAUCUGAAUACAAAUCAAGCUGUGCGGGGGCAGGACACAGUGCUCAAGAAAACCUCAGCCAGGGUCACGGACCGACACAAGAGGAUAUGGAGGCUUUAAAAUCAGGAGAUGCUGCAGAGGGCUAUAAUAUGGUUGGUCAUCAAAGCAAUCAAGGAUUUGGACAGUACUGCCAAAGACUUUCAAGAACAGGAAAUGGUGAUCUGCACUUAGACCAUGACUGUCUGAAGACUCAUGAGCUUCCUUCCACUGUGAAUACUGACCAGCUUGGCCUCAUCCAAUCCCAAACUCCCAUUAUGGGAUUGAAUUCAGCAGUUCAAGAGGAUAGCUUAGUCAACAAGAUGAUAGCAACUGUGGGAGCGGAUGAAAAUUCCAACAGCACUGGUGUAACCUCUCCUAUCUUCUGUUCCUCUCGACCCAAAAAACUGCUGAGGACCAGCUCAUUUCACUUGCUUAAACAGCGACGUGAGCCACAACCUCAAACAAAGAAAAACUAUGCGCAGGAGUAUGAAUUUUGGGAUGACGAAGAUAAAGCUGAUGUUCCAGCAGAUAUUCGCCUUAACAAUCGCUGGCUUCCUGACUUGCUGCCUGACUUGGUGUCCAGUUGUAGAAAACCUGGUGGGGUUUCUGGAAUAAGUGGACUAAGCCCACAAAUAGGUGACAUGGCCUUUUGCCACCCCUCCAGCUACUCUUCUCUUGGACACCCUUCGCAACCCCCCCCUCACGAUGGUCCUAAGAAAAGGGGCAGGAAACCAACUAAACCAAAACGUGAAGGACCUCCUCGGCCACGAGGUCGCCCACGUAUACGUCCUCUUCCAGAACCUCCUUACUGUAGGGGCCUGAUGGGCUCUGCGGCUGGAGAAAAUAGGAGGGGGCGUAGCCGAGGUCGAGGGCGAGGCAGACGGGAAGAAGGAAAAGUGCAAAUGCAUCGGGAUAUGAACAAAACACAAACCCUUUCAUAUAAUCACCAGCAACAGUACCAACAGCAACAGUGCAGCCAACAUCAUCAACAGCAACAUCACAGGCAGCAGGCGGAUCUCCAUCAGCAGCUCCAACAACAUCACCACCAUCACCAGCAAGAACAUGUUUCCUGUCCCCACCCUCAACUGCAUCAUCAGCAACAACAGCAUACAUCUCACCAGCCACAGCAAGAUCCAGUCAGAACUUUUAAGAUCAAACUGCCCCUUGCCACUAUGUCUCCACCAGAGUCCUUGUUGAGGACAGACUCGCUAUCCAGCAGUGAGCCUGUUCUCUCUGAGGGAUCGGUGGGGUCGGCACCAUCUCUGGGCUUGAGUCCUGGUCCCACUACCACUGUUGACUACAACAGAAAUGAGGGGAAUCAGACAAAAGACGAGAUGAUGAUACAUCAGCAGAGAGCUAAGGAGCUGGUGGUGGAUGGUUGGAAGAAAGAAACUGACAAUUCACUGAAUCCUGAAGCCUGGGCUGCUAUGCAGAAACUCUCAAAUUCAAUUGACGAGAAGGUCUUUGACUUCAAACCAAGCUUCAUGGCCUCUUUUUUGGAUUUUCUGAAGACAGGUAAAGUACAGCCAGCCCUUGAACCAAGACAUGAUGGAGGCAACCAAGAAACCUGUUCCUCUAUGAGUGGAGGAAUUAAAUGCUUAUCCUCACCAUCUCCUCCCCUACCACCAACUUCUCCCCAGCAGCCUCCAGGACAGUUCAGCGAUGGCAGCCCUGGUGAAGGGCCAGACCUAACCCUCAGUAGCUGCCAAAGUCCCUGCAAACCUCUGGAUGAUGAACUGAAAAGAAACCUGGAGACUCUCCCCUCUUUCUCCUCUGAUGAGGAGGAUUCAGUAAAUAAGAACCAGGACUUGCAGAAGAGCAUCUCAUCUGCAAUCUCUGCCCUCUAUGACACUCCACACUCACUGGCUGCUGCAGUGGCUUCUGCAGUAGUCAAAGCACAACCCAUGCUUUCUCCACCCACGCCACAGGAGCCGUCGCUCAGCCCGCCUCUCAAGACCAAUUCUCCCCUCAUUUCUAGUAUGGAGAGCAUAAAAGAUGGGGCACUUGCACACACUCAGCAUAACACACAAAGUAAACAAAACACACGUGAGGAACAAAAAAUGAUUUCCACACUGUCGGACAUGGAGGGGGUAGGAUCUCAGCAUGAAAGAGAAGAAGAAAACAGCAAGAAGGAGGAAGGCGAGGAGAUGGCAAGCAAAGAAGAAAACAUCAGGCAUUCACACAAUAUGUUGCAGGGACCAGCGGAAAAGCAGGAGAGGGAGGAUACAGCAUCUGACACGCAGAUUAUGGAGGGCCAUGAUGAUUCACCAUCAGAACGUGUGCCUGCUCCUGCACCUCCAUCACCAUUCAUCUCCUCCUCACCGCUCACAUACUCAUCACCAUCGCCUCUCCCUCCCCCGUCAAUCUCUGUACCUUCUCCACCACCAGUCCAACAGAAUGAGGAAGAAGUCAGUCUAAGUGAUCUUUCUUCUGAUCAGCAUAUGCAGCAAUCCUCCUACCAGCAGGCUUCAACUGCAGCCACCUCCCCACCCCCCUCCACCUCGCCACCAGUCAUCCCAUCGUCACCGCUGUUCAACCUUCCCUUCGGCCAAACGACCCCGCCCCCAUCCACCACACCUCCCCCAUCAUCCUCUGAUCAGGAUCAGGAACCUGAAGCUGGGUUGCCUUACUUUUCCACUUUAUCCUCCUCACCCUCUUCAUUGUCCUCUCACCCACCAUCACCUCCAACGCCAGAGGAGGCCCCACAAUCCCAGCGUCUUACCUCCCUUCACCUGGCAAAGAAGCAGGCUGAUGCUGCCAUCGCUGGGGAGAGUGAAGAAGAAGACAGUGAGAGUGGAGGUGAGGGAAUCUUCCGUGAGCGGGAUGAGUUUGUGGUGCGAACUGAGGACAUUGGUACUCUUAAGAUGGCCUUGCAGACAGGCCGAGAGCCUCCACCUAUCUGGAGGGUGCAAAAAGCUUUGCUCCAGAAAUUCAGCCCAGAGAUCAAAGAUGGUCAAAGGCAGUUCUGUGCAACAAGUAACUAUUUGGGUUACUUUGGUGAUGCCAAAGUGCACUACCAGCGUUUAUAUGUGAAGUUCUUGGAGAAUGUCAACAAAAAAGAUUACGUCAGAGUGUGUUCACGAAAGCCAUGGCACAGAGCUGGCCUGACUCUGAGACGCCAGCCUCUACCUAAACAGCUGCUGACCAUUCACAAUCAGAGCCAACCUCGAAUAGAUAGUCGACACAAGGAGAGACGGAAUGAAAGAGAGCUAAUGGAGCAGAGAGAAAGAGAAAGAAGAGAGAGAGAGAGAGAACAAAAACUUAGGGAGAGGGAAUGGGGAGAGAGGCACAGAGACCAGAAGGACAGACAGCAGAGUGACAUGGAGACAGAUGGUGAGCCGAAAGAAAAGGAGAAAGCUCAGGAAAAAGAAAGAAAGGAGAACAUGGAGCAAGUCAACAGAGAUUAUACAAUGGCAUUAAAAGAAGAGAAGAACCGAGGAGACAUAAAGAUGGCAUUUCAGGGAAGAGCCAAGACUUCAAAGGACAAGGCUGAGCCUCCACCCAAGAAAAGGAAGAAAUGGUUGAAGGCGGUGCUGUCCUCUUCAUCUGAGUCCGACUACUCCUUACUCAGUGAUGAUGAAGGGCCUGUGCAGGGUGGAGUGAACAGUCGAGCCAUGAGGGACAUGUUCAGGAGCUAUGUGGAGAUGUUGGUCAGCACAGCACUUGACCCUGAUAUGAUUCAAGCCCUAGAGGACACAGAUGAUGAAUUAUACCUCCCGCCCAUGAGGAAAAUUGAUAGCAUGCUCAGUGAACAGAAGAAGAAGUUGUUGAGGAGAGUCAACAUGAGUGCUCAGCACCAGGAGGCUUUACAUAUAUUCCCCAAAAUGACAGCAGAUCCUGUGGAAUCUGGAGUUGUCAAAGUUCACCUUGGUGGGGAGGGCUACAACCGCAAGACUCUCAACCAAAUCAAGAGGAGCAUUCCUAAGCAGCAGGAUAUGAAACUUUCGAUUGACAUUUGCCGGAUAUACAGUCUGUAUCAUUCUCUUCACCACUACAAAUAUCACACCUUCCUGCAUUGCAAGAAGGAGACAGACAAUAUAGAGCAGGCAGCGGAGGACCCUGGCCAGGAGGAGGUGGUGCAGCAGUGUAUGGCGAACCAAGGCUGGCUUGAGAGCCUCUUCAGUUCUUUCAUGGAACUGCUUACUCUUAGUGCAAAGACCUAAAGGACGAUCACAACCUCUGCCUCCAAAAACAAACAUCCACCUGCAGCAUUAAGUAGGUGGAGGUGUUCAGAAUGUGUGAAACAAAGCAAUCAGAAACUGGAUGCCAGAAAUGCAACGAGAGUGGCCCCUAUUUUUUUUUAAAGGGAAGGUUACCAUUGUAAGUAUUUGCUUUAUUGCUGUGUCCAACUAUUGUACCAAUUUAUGAAGGCUAGUGAACUAUUGGAAAGCAAUGGAUUUCCCCAAAAGUCAAUGAAAGAUUAUUUGAUUAGAACUACAAAGCUGACUUUUGUCAGGACUUACACAGCAUGGAUAUAUAUGUGCAAGCUGUCUUUUAUGUAAGUAUGUAAGUAAAAUAUGUAUUUAAUGUGGUUUGUAUAAUUUACACAAAUCCAUUUUUUAAAUGUACUUUUCUCAGAUGGAAUUGUUUGCAGUUCACAUUUUUGAAAAAUGUUUUAUAGGUGUAAAACCAAAUGGCCCGUAUGCAAAGCUAAGCUAAAACGAAUGGUUUAGUGAGAUAAAAGUGAGGUUUAAAAAGACAGUGUGAAUGUCUUUUCUUUCUAUCUGCAUCAGAAAAAAGCAGGACGAUAAUAUAUUUAAAACCAAAUCAUGAUGUUUCUGUUUGUUCUUCAGGAGAUAAUGAAUGAUUGGGAUUAAUUCCCUUAAUGAAGAAGAAUACAAAAAGAAUGAAGUACUGCUUUCUUAAAGGAAGUAUGAGUUAAAAUGAUGAUAAACCCUUAAUAUCAGUAUUUAAUGUCAUAUUUUUUUUCUGUUUGCUGCUGAGUUUUCCUAUAAGUUGAACUCUCUGAGGAUAUUCUUGCAGAGUCUGAUUUGUAAAUAUUGUACAGCUACUUCAUCCUCUAGUUUCCAGUGGCUCUUCAGUACAUGCAAUUGCUGUAUUGGACAUACUGCAUUAAAAUUCUGAAAAUAACAAAUGCCCCAAUGAAUCAAUAGCCUUGAGCUGAAGUCUUUUCAAGAAUGUUUGCAUCAUAGCUAAGUGGAUUUUAGCUAAUGCAAAGGCACUGCCCAAACGUUUGAAUUGAUGUAUUUAAGUUUACUGUAGAUAGCAUCACUUUAAAACAACUGUUCAGUUGUGCUGUACAAGGCAGCAGUGUUCCUUCUUUUUCUGUAAUUUAGCCUUUCUCUUUGUUGAGAGCUCUAACAAUAGUUCAUCCAUCAGACAUUCGAAAGCAUGGGGUGGAGUACAGUUUAUUUAUCUUCCUCUCAGGAACUUUGUAUCUCAAGCAGGAAUCGUGUGAUGCAAAUCCAAUUCAGCAUAGAGUCCUAGUAAGGAUUAUUUUGUA